CGCUAUAAGUCGCGGGCAAGAGCCAAGAGGAGCCCGCUGCUAUUCUUCGAUCCCUCUCUCUCUCUCUCGUUCGCGGACGAACCCCUUCUCUCGAUUCGGUUCGGCGGUAAGGGGAAUGGCUUCGAGGGAGAUCGCUCGCCCUAAUGUUCCAUCUUUCGACCAGACCGAGAUCAACUGGGACAAGCUCGACAAAACCAAGUUAUUUGUUGUGGGAGCUGGAAUUUUUAGUGGUGUUACUGUAGCUCUAUAUCCGCUUUCUGUCAUAAAGACCAGGAUGCAGGUUGCUUCAAGUGAUGUUGUACAGAAGAAUGCAUUUUCGGCUUUCAGAAAUAUGCUCAAGGUUGAUGGCAUACCUGGUCUUUAUAGGGGCUUUGGCACAGUUAUUACCGGAGCUGUUCCUGCCAGGAUCAUUUUCCUGACAUCUUUGGAAAUGACAAAAGUGGCUUCACUAAACCUGGUGGAACCCUUUAAGCUCUCUGAACCAGUUCAAGCUGCCCUAGCAAAUGGCAUUGCUGGCAUGUCAGCAUCUCUGUGCUCCCAAGCUGUUUUUGUUCCUAUUGACGUGGUUAGCCAAAAGUUGAUGGUUCAAGGAUACUCUGGUUUCGCGAAGUAUAAUGGUGGAUUUGAUGUGGCUCAUAAAAUUAUCAAGUCUGAUGGGAUCCGUGGACUGUACAGAGGAUUUGGUCUGUCUGUCAUGACAUAUUCUCCUUCUAGUGCUGUAUGGUGGGCAAGUUAUGGUUCCAGCCAACGUGUCAUCUGGAAGCUCCUAGGUCAUGGCAAUGACAAGGAAAAUGUUCCUAGCCAGUCAAAGAUAGUUUGUGUUCAAGCAACUGGUGGUAUCAUUGCAGGUGCUGUGGCAUCUUGUGUCACAACUCCUCUAGACACAAUAAAGACACGAUUGCAGGUUAUGGACAAUAUGCAGAAACAAAAUGUAAGACAAGUAGUAAAAAGAUUGAUUGCUGAAGAUGGAUGGAAAGGCUUUUAUAGAGGACUAGGACCAAGGUUUUUCAGCAUGUCAGCAUGGGGAACCACGAUGAUCGUAGCAUAUGAAUAUCUGAAAAGGCUUUGUGCUGUAAGCGAAGAGAUUUGAUUGCCACCAUCGUUGGGAAUCGGCAAGUUGCAUCAUAACAUGUUGCAGAAAGGAAGUGUUCAUCUUUGUGGCCGAGACACACACGGGAGAAUCCAAAUCUGCUGUGAGUUUUGUCCCCAUUAAAUGUCUUUAGCAGCAACGGCAAGACAUCAUUCAAGAUCCCUUUUAUACGGCAAUAAAUAGUGUUUGGGAGCGCCCAGUUCAGCACUUUGACUGUUCUACCAACAAUCACACACUUUUUCCCCAGGAAAUUUUUUAUCAACUUUUCCUGGAGAUGUCAUUUGAUUCUUUCUACAAUCAAUGUGAUUCUUUUCCUGCAAAGCUUUUAUCAUCAGAAGUGGGUGUAACGGACAGUCAGUCUUUUUCUGUAAAACAACACGAGAAUGGAUACUCCCUAACAUGUCUCUCAGUUUUGCUA